CGCCCUGAGCUCAGAGACUGAAGCAUGCUGUCGGCGAAAAACUUCAUAUAGCAGGCGUGAAUUAUUAAAGUAUUCCCUUUAAGUGAAAGAACAUAAAACAGGCUGAAUUGAAAAGUGAAAGAUUGAUUGUCCUGCCACGGGCUGGUAAACCAAGGACAGUAACGGAGAGUUUAAGAAGAGACUCUUUGAAAAAAGCACAGCAAAAGACGCUGGAGGAAUACCUGAGCCCCCAGAAAGAAGAGGCAUGAAUUUAAAUGACUUUGUGGUGCUUCCUAACAACAAGGCUAAAUCCAUCAAGCUCAAUGCCAGGAACCUGCAAGAACUGCAGAUGGAGACCGUAUCUCUGGCCCAGGAGAGCAAAGAGAUGGAGGAGAAACUGCAACAGCUGAAACAGAGCAUGAGUAAAGAGAAGAGGGAGAGAGGGCAUUCAGGAGGGUUUAGAUGGAAAUCUGGACAAUGUGGUUCUUUAACCAGCAAUGCUAUAACAAACAGCACCAAGACGAACAAGGAGAACAGACUCCAAAAGCUGUCAGCAGGGAAGAUGAUGAUCCGAGUGCUAAAGGAUGAAUCCCUGACAGCCCCACCUCAGCCACCACCCCCACCUCCGACGACAAGAAAAAACAGGCUGAGGGGAACAAUCUGUGGACAGUGUGAAGUCAAGACUGCUGGACUAAUCUGUGCUGAAUGCACAGAAAACUACUGCAUUGGCUGCUUUGCUAGAUUUCACCAGAAGGGGGCACUGAAGCUCCACAGAAUGAUCGCCAUUCAGACAGACUUACAGACCCAUGUGAGCACUCGAGAUGUAGUCAGUUACUCUCCCAGUACCUUUACGAGUGUUAAUUCCAGUCCCAAUUCCAAACCCAAUCCCAGUCAUACCUCCACAUCUGGUGCAAGUACCAGACGAGGAGAUCAGAGCCCAGAAAAAGGAACAGAGGUUUUGGCAAAACCCAUGCAACUGCACCCUGAUACCUGCCAGGUGUUGGUUGUGAAUCAUGGAGAGGAGAAAAAAUUGGAAAUUAUUGAAGAAGGACUGAAUAGAGAGGAUGAAAAGGGAUUUCCCACUUCUCUUCUUAGAGGAGAAUACAAUGAGGAGGAGUCGGCCAGAUCUUUUCAGGAGGCUCUCAGACAGUGGAGAGGAGAGACGAGCGAUGGAGCCGGAGAUCCCAUUCGUGAGGAUGCAAUGUGGAUACCUGUCCGACCAGUAUCAGUGUCAGCUAUGGCGACCCAGGCUGACCUCCCUCCAGACAGAGAAGCUGAAGGACGAGGAUGCAGAGGGGGGCAAAGGGGGGUACCUGUCAGGGUGGAGUUCACAGAAAACAGCCUUACCUACACGGACAGAUUGCUUCUCAAGAAGCACCGCAGAACACCAAUUGAAACGUAUGAUCCUGCGUUGGGCUAUGGUCCAGAUUUAAAACCACUACAUAAAACAAACACUGAGGAGGACAGAAGUCUAACAGCUCAGGAAGAGGAUUUUCGGCACUACUGUGCAUCAUUGUUUGCUGUCCCUGUCAGCAGAGGUAGGACUGAGGCUCAAAUUACUGCACCUGAACCGUGCCUUGUCAUCGAAGUACUGGAUGAGACAGAUAGAGACAUAAAUGGAGUCUUUGUUGCUGAACACAGGACAAACAACAACGGAGAGGUACCCUUGUUCCAGCAGGUCUCCAGCAACGUAAGAACACUAGGGCCCCAAACCAGUGGUGGGUCCUUAAGAGUCAACCGCUCUUCUCGCAGUCCAACCCAACCUUUCAGACAGUCUAGAGCACCGGCACAGCCUAUGUCUGUUAUCUUAAACACAGCAUCACCCUCUAAAGGCAUGCCAUCAGCACCCCCCACUGCUGAGACUCAAAGGACUUCAAAGACAUCAAUCAAGACAUCGAUCUCAAAGUCACAAAAGUCCAAUUGUUCCCUAACUGACCACAAAUCAAAAGCUGACCAUGGGUCACCACAACUUUCCCAAGUUGAGAUCCUUAAAUUCUUGUCCCCUCUCUCAUUUCCAACUGAUGUGUCUCCAUUGACUAGAUCAUCAACCCCAAAAGAGAAUCCCUCCCUUUCUCCUUCCGUAUCCUUCUCUCUUAGGUCUACGUUCACAGUCUCACCAUCAAGCUCUACUGAGUCAACCUUAUUGCCCAGAGUUUACCAUUCAACCCCAUUACAAAAAGGCUCAGACUCAUCUCUGUUGCCAGAACAAUUCCAAUCUUCCAAGUUAUUCCCAGAACCAAUCUCAUCACCAAAGCUUUUGCAAUCACCACCAAGCAAUCUGGAGACCCCAAUGCAAUCCCAAGAUUCCUUGUGUGACCCAGAGUGUCUCCUAUCAGUUAAUCAACUCGAGCUGCCUCAGUCUUCCAGGCCAAACCCACAAACAAAAAGCCUGGAACCCAGCCGGUCACAAACAAACCCUGUGCCAUUCAGGGCACCUGUUAAAAACCCAUCAAGUUUUUCUCUAUUUAACAAGUCCCCUCCAGAUGCAUAUUCUAGCUAUAAGUCAACCCCAACAUAUGGGAAUGCACCGGUUUUUAUAUCCUCUACCUCCAUCUCUUGUGACCAUGAAUUAGCUCUGACCCAUCAGGAUACGGAUGCAUGCAUGCCAUCACUUUCACCACAUCCCUUAGAUGUCACCCAGGAUCCUCUUUUAGCUGUGAAAAUGGUGGAGGAAGAGGAGCUAUCAGUAGACAGUGGAGAUGAAAUGUCCAGUGAUAGCCUAGGUCUGGCUCCACAUGAGGAAGACUCUUCAGAUGAAGAAGCACAGAUGCAUGGAUGUUUAACAAGAGGGAAAUCCAGAGACGAGGAGCAAGGGAAUUCUGCCAUAUCUCAUCUAGGAGAUUCCUUUGUUCCUACAGAUGCAGAAAGGGAAAAAUAUUUGCGGACUGAUGAGCCAGAACAGCUGUCAGAACCAUCCAUGGUGAUGCACAACCAGAGUGCUGGGUUUGGAUCAGAGCAAUUCUGUGAUCUGGAUGGGUUUUCCCCUUUGGGUUUGGAUUUGAAUUCUGGUCACUCUGACACAACAGAACACACACACUGUGACCCACUGCGCACAUGCCAAACUUCACCAAGUGACUCAGACCCAACAGGGUCAGAGUCUCGUGGACCAAGCAGCAGCCUCAGUGCCCAUACUGAGAAACACCUGGUUUUCAGUGUGAUGCAGGACAACCACAUGCAGUCAACUGGAAUUCAAAUUUGCUCAACCACACCCACCAGGAGAGGAAAAACAUCAGCAAAUGAACUAGGAACAUCUGGGUCAAACUGGUCUGGCACAUCCACACCAACUCUGUCUCACCCUCCAAGGAUAACCCCAGCUGUAUUUACCUCCCUCUCUCAUUCCCCAUCUCCUCCUCCUCUCUCUUCUCGCCUGUCACGUCCUGCACUGGGCUCAGAAUUGGGUCCAGCAUUUCGUCCGUUGUCCCGUGCAACCCAAGAGAUCAUGGAGAUCUGUAGUAUGGAUCAGUCAGGCUGUGAGGACCCUGACCUGGACACCGACACAACUGUACACACACUCCACGGUCUGGAGCAGGAACUCAGGCUCAUGGCUAAGGGUACAGACGCACACAAAACAGGGAUGCAGGCUUCAGUAUUUGGUACAGGAAAAUAUGAAAGCCAACAUCAGCAUGGGAAUCAGCAUUUGACAUGGGACAGAGUCAGUGAGGAACAAAAGGAAGAGGAGGAGGCCGCACAGAGAGACCGGCAGAGUGUCCUCUUACUAUCCUGAGAUAUUUACACAUGCAUGCACACACACACACACACACACACAUGUAUCACUCCACACAAAUAUACAUAUUUAUGAGAGGGUAAAGCAAGAAAAAGACACAAUGGAUGUAAUUUUAAUUGUGUUCACGUGGUGUAAAGG